AUGGGAUCAACCAGUGUCUUUGCCAAGACAAUCCUCAUCCCAGCCGCAAUUGCAUUAUCAAUCUACAUCCUAGCCUCAUGCGUCAUAAUCCCCUUCUUCCGCCGCUACCACCAGCGCUACUCGCAAUAUCUCCCACUACAUACUAUAUCCGCACAUACACUAUCCCUACGCGACCGCAUAGCCGAUAAAGUGAUGCACUUCUUCCUUCCCUCUCGGUGGCGGUGGGGCGCGCAUGUAGCCGACCACGAUACGAUCAGUAUUGACGACGAGGAAGGGGAGAUCUUGGUUGGGAUGGAUAGGGAUUCUAUGAGGCGGGGUGCGCUGGAGCAACAGAGACGUGAUACCGGGGCUGAGACGGAUAGUCGUUUAAGUCGGGAUUUAGAGGAGGGGUUUAUAGAUGAUAGUGAUGAGGAGGGGAGUGAGGGGCAUGGGAAUGUACGGGCAGGGAGGCUUUGA